CUGACUUGAUCAAAUAUGGCCGCUGAGUGCCGAUCGAUUAAUAUAAUUUCUUCCUCUUUGUAAAGUGAAGUGCAAGCGAGAGACAGAAACGCGAUUGCGUUGGCGGAAAAUAACGGCGGCUUUCUAAUUAUUUUAACUGGGGAGAGGGAGGGAGGGAGUUGAAAAUCUAGCCGUUGGAUUUCUGGCCUUCAAAGCGAUUGCGCCUGAGUGUAACAUGGGAGAGGACACCAACCCUAUCAGUGUGAUCCUUGUGAGCUCUGGGAGCAGGGGGAACAAGCUGCUCUUCAGGUACCCCUUCCAGCGCCACCAGGAACAGCAAGGAGCUCAGACCAGCAAGCCGAGCAGUCCUUAUGCAUUACACAGCACGGUUGAGAAUACAGAAGACCAGGAUGGAGACUCGAGAGAACCGUCUCCUCUCACUGACGAAGAGUUGGUAGCCGGGUUCUCCGAUGUUAUCCUGGCCACCAUCCUGGCGACCAAGUCGGAAAUGUGCGGCAAGAAAUUUGAGUUGAAGAUCGAUAAUGUCCGUUUUGUUGGCCACCCGACUUUGCUGCAGCAUCCACUUGGGCUCCAGGUUUCCAAGCUGGACCCAUCUCCGAAACGGGAAAUGCCGACCAUGAUUCUGUUCAACGUGGUGUUUGCUUUACGGGCAAAUGCUGACCCCUCAGUUAUCAGCUGCAUACACAACCUCUCGCGUCGGAUUGCCAUUGUCCUGCAGCACGAAGAACAACGUUGUCAGUACCUGACCCAGGAGGCCAAGCUGAUGCUAGCUAUUCAGGACGAAGUGUCCACCAUGUCAGAGAGCGAUGGCCCCCAGUCUCCAUUCCAUCACAUCCUUCCCAAGUGCAAGUUGGCCUCUGAUUUGAAGAAAGCCUUUGACAGUCUGUGCACCACAGGCGUGGUCCACCUGCACAUCAACAACUGGCUGGAGCUCAGCUUCUGCCUUCCUCACAGGAUCCACCGGCUGGGCCCUGACUACAUCCCUCCUGAUGCCAUCGAGCGGAGCCUCAAAGCUAUCCGGCCGUACCACGCCCUGCUGCUGUUGGAUGACGAGAAGUCGCUGCUGAGCCAGCUGCCGGUGGACUGUUCCCCAGCGUUGGUGAGGGUCAUCAAGACUACAUCUGCAAUGAAGAACCUGCAGCAGCUUGCACAGGAUGCUGACCUAGCUCUGCUGCAGGUCUUCCAGCUGGCUGCUCACCUGGUGUACUGGGGCAAAGCGAUAAUCAUCUACCCACUAUGUGAGAAUAACUUCUACAUGCUGUCCCCUGAUGCCAACAUUUGUAUAUACUCACCGUUGGUCGAACAUUUUACUCAGCAGUUCCCUGGGAAUGACCUGCUCAGUGUUCUCUCCAAGUUCUCUCUGCCGACCUCUCUCUCGCAGUUCAAGAACCCACUGGCCCCACCCAUGCAGGAGGCACAGCUGGUUCAGAUGGUGAUCUGGAUGUUACAGCACCGGCUCCUGAUUCAGCUGCACACCUACGUCUGCCUGAUGGUGCCGCCCAAUGAAAUGGACAUCGAGGUCAAUGAGGAAGACAAGUUGCUGCCCGCUCGCGUUAGUGGACGAAGCCUCAGUGCCCCAAAUGCUCUCAGUUUUGGCUCACCAACCAGCAGUGAUGACAUGACCCUGACCAGCCCGAGUAUGGAUAACUCCAGUGCUGAGCUCGUUCCUGGAGGCGACUCGCCACUGAACAAGCGCAUGACUGAAAACCUGCUGGCCAGCUUGACCGAGCACGAGAGGAAAGUGAUCCAGAACAUUCCAGCUGCCCAGAAUCAGGAGGACCUGCGCAUGCUGGCAAGUACUAAUGGGCAUAACAGAACCCCCUCCCUCUUGCAUACUUGGAUAUCAAGACACAGGCAAAAAAAGGACAGAGGUCGCACUCGAAAUUCUGAGAUCAGAACCAGAAGUUCCCCUUUCUUAGGUCUCUCUCUCUCUCUCGCACCCUCCUUUUUAAACAUUCAAAUGUUGAAGUGAAUCAAACCAGCUUUUUAUUUAUUCCAGAAUUUUCCAAAAAAUCUAAACGAAUAAAUAUGAAAAAAGCAUGAACUUGGCUGUGACUUUUUUGUUUUUGCACAUAUUUUACAACUUUAUGCUUUCUUCCUCACCCCAUCUCCCCUCCCACUCGCGUCACAAUGCACGCCUCAUGUGUCACUGUGCGAUUAAAUGGGGGAUCUGGUUAAAAGCGAACGCCUUGCCAUGAUUCACAAAUAUAACCCUUGACCUCUUGCCGGCAGGUCUUCACUCCACUGCUGAAUAGGGCCACCUGUGGAUCAAAACUUGUAAUAUUUAUUUACAUCUUCAAUAUUUGCAUGGAUACAGAGAUAAACAAAAGAACGAGACAAACAGCAUAGUGAAAAGUGAUGUUGAAACAAGUGGUCUCUGUUACCGAGUUAGCAACACCGGAGCCAAUUAUUUUCAUGUUGGAAUUCUGUUUUUUUUUAAAAAAUCCUCUUCUCCCCCCCACCACCCACUGAUCCUUCCCAUGUGCAAGUCAAGACAAUCCAAGAACGUGCGCGUGCAGGCAUCUGUGUACGCAUGUACACAUGCAUACGCACACACACUUGUAAAAAUGACGCAAUUUAACAGAGUGAUGGAGGAGGAUUUGGGGGAAAACAAAAAAAAAUUUCAAAGUCCAUAUUGUUUGUCCCUGUGUGAAGCGCUCACUCUAGAAAUCCACUCAGCACAGGCAGUGCCUUCUCGUAACCUUUUUUUUAAAGCAAGUCUACUAAGGUCAGUCCGAGGAGACCCAAGUUAAGCACAUUUUAUAGUCUUGUUAAAAAUAUCCUCCCACUGCGCACUGCCUUUUAUUUCUCAAUCUUCUGCCGAUCGUUUGCUCGUUCAUUCAUUCCUUCCUUCGAUCUGAAGCUUUCAGGCAAGGCCAAAUCCUUCCGAAC